AUGUUUUUCGUCCCAUUUACGACGAGUCUCAAUUUCCUCUUCUUUUGGAUGACAUGGACGACUCUUGUCCUGUCUCACCCCCCUCUUAAGGUCGAGCUUUUUGGCACCUUGGCUGUCCGAAUCAUCUUUUAUCUUGUGCCAUCGCUCUUCUUCUUUCUGUUUGAUGCUCUGCUCCCCAGCGCGUCUAUGAGUAUCAAAGCGCAAGGGAAUAUAGGACUGCCCUCCGGACAUAAGCGAAAAAGACUUGGUCGAGUAGAGGUAAAGAUAGUCGCAUGGUCGCUCGUCAAUAUCCUGCUCGGUCUGGCUGCGCAGGGGGCAAUUGAGCACACUUUGACAAAAACGUUUCGGUUCCGAAGUGCGAUCAAGGUUGCAGUUAGUUUACCUUAUCCCUGGGCCAUCACCAUUGAUGUGGUGAGGGGGUUUAUAGUGAGAGAAAUUCUCAACUAUAGCCUCCAUCGUUUCAUCCUCCACAACCAAAGGCUUCCUCUCGAACGACUACAUAACUCUUGGUACCAUGGCUUGAGAGCUCCCUGGCCAUUGACGGCACACUACGACCACCCGAUUUGCUACCUUGUCUGGAAGUUUCUGCCUCUGUACAUUCCCGCUGCGAUUUUCCGCUUUCACAUGACAACAUACAUGAUAUUCCUUACCCUCGUCUCGCUCGAGGAAACAUUUACGCAUUCCGGUUACGUGUCUCUGCCAAUGGACAUUUUCCUCGGGGGCAUGGCGCGCCGUACAGAAUUACAUGUGAUAAGCGGCGGGGAUGGGAAUUACGGCGCAUGGGGUGUGCUCGAUUGGUUAGGCGGUUCUACAGUCGGUGGGAGCGAAACGAUCGAAGACGACAUACAAGAGGGGAUUGCCGAGUAUGAUAUUGACGACAAGAUUCGCAAGGCUGUGGAAGAUGCGAGAACUCAUAUAAAGGAGUCGGUCGCCAAGGAAGGGAACAGAGGAAAGACGAGAAGGAGGGCUUAA